AUGGAAGAAGGGUUACUAACUCUAUCAGGGUCAAAGUCCAAUAUCAAUGGAGCUUCAGGUGAUUGCAGUGGCAUCAUAGCUCCAGGUGGGUUUUCCCCCUCAGCCACCCCAGUUGUCAUUCUAAGCGCUUUGGUGGCUCUCUGUGGUUCCUUUGGCUAUGGCUGUGCUAGUUCUUGGUUGCUGGAUUUUGGACGGUUGUCAUUGGGAUUUGGCAUCAUAAUUUGUUAUGUGGUACCUGUAUACAUAGCAGAAAUAACACCCAAGGAUCUGAGAGGAAGGUUUACUUCAGCUCAUCAGUUGUUGAUUAGUUGCGGCUUAGCACUGGCGUUUUUCCUUGGAACUGUCAUAACCUGGCGAACCUUGGCUGUGAUAAGUGCUAUUCCAUCUCUUGUACACAUUAUAGGUUUAUUCUUCAUUCCAGAGUCUCCAAGGUGGCUGGCCAAAAUUGGUAGGCAAAAGGACUUUGAAGUGGCUCUUCAGCAUCUGAGAGGAAAGAAUGCCGGCAUAUCUCAGGAAGCAGCCGAAAUUAUGGACUAUACAGAAUCUUUUGAGCAGCACUCGGAAAGAGUCCUAGACUUGUUCCAAAAGAGAUAUGCUCACGCAUUAAUUGUUGGAGUUGGGCUCAUGUCCCUGCAACAAUUUGGUGGUGCCAACGCAGUAUCUUGUUAUGCAAGUUCUAUAUUUGUAGAUGCAGGAUUUUCAGUUAGUAUUGGGACUAUAUCACUGGCUCUUAUUGGGAUUCCUGGUGUUGCCUUGAGUGUGCUCUUAGCUGAUAAAGUUGGAAGACGACCACUUUUACUGGUUUCGGCUGGUGGAUUGUGCUUGAGUUUCUUUCUUGUGGGAUUGGCAUUCUGCUUUCAGGACCUGAAUCUGUGGAAGGAGGUCACUCCCAUUUUGGUGUUCAUUGGCUUGUUAGGUCAAAGUAUUUCAUACACAACAGGCAUGGCAGGAUUACCUUGGGUUAUCAUGUCAGAGAUAUUCCCAAUAAACGUUACGGGUUCAGCUGGAAGCCUGUUGAGUUUGGUAAACUGGUCUUGUGCUUGGAUAGUAACAUACUCCUUCAAUUUCAUGAUGGAAUGGAGCUCAGAAAGUACAUUUUUCUUCUUCUCAGCCAUUAGCGGUUACAUUCUGUUCAUAGCAAUGCCAGUGCCGGAAACUAAUGGGCGAACUUUAGAAGAGAUUCACGCAUCAAUUGCCCAUUUCCUCUAAUAAGAUAACCUCUACUGCUUUACAUAUGGACUGAACUCAGAUCAACUCAGAAUGUAAAUGGCAUAGUAAAACCAAGAGAACACAACUCCCAGAUAUUUGUAAUCGAUUCGAAAACACACAUUCCAAUUGCAAGUUGAAUGUCUUUCGUGUUCUAUAUCUGACAUGAAUCUAAAAGAACCCCUGCAUGUUCAUACUAAAACAAAAGGC